AUGUUCAUGACUCUGCUGCGCGUGGUUGCUGUUGGUCAGUGUGAAAUUUCUGCACCUAGUCCGGCAUCAGUGGGGUAUGUGGUUUCCGAGACACCCUCAAGGUAUGGCAGAGCGUGUCUUAUCCUUGGUGAUGUUUCUGUUUCGGUUCUCCGACGGGUGAUUACGUGGGCAUCGAUUUACAAACACCUCAAAUGGUCAUUCUAUGCUAUUUCUUCGGGCUAGAAACAAAUUCCAGCCUCAAUUCCAGAAAAUUUUAGGGCUUGUCAGAAAAUCCUCCGGGUCCGGACUGGUGUAAAAUUAUUUUAAAACUUCAUUUGUCCUCCUAAGUCCACGUGUGACCUGCACGCGACAUUGUUUUCCUACUCAACGUAACAAAAGUCGUAAAGUGCCUGUCUGUUGCAGACUGAAAGACAAUUAACUCUCCGCGAAAGCACAUCUCCGGUGUCGACAAAUAGAUAUGGCCCCUCACUUGAGGUGUCGAAGUUCACGAGGUCUUGGGAGGCAAACUGGCCCAUCGUAAUAACCCAUUUUUAUCAAAAUUAAUCAUUCAUCUGCCACUCUCCCUCCCCAUGGGACCUAGACUUAAACCAUUUAAUCACACAGUGCUCAGAAUGACACUGAAAAAAAAACUGAAGAGCUGAACUUCAGUGAGGACAGAUGAACACCAAAUUAAUCAGAUCUACUAGAUCAGUCGACACUUCCUGAUAGGGUGACAGGAAGUGUGCGUUUAAGAACUAAUCUCCUGUCUCCGCUGAAGGUGUGCUUUUGACAGCUGCCAAAUGCAGCAGCAGCAGCAGCAGCAGCAGCAGCAGCAGCAGCAGCAGCAGCAGCAGCAGCAGCAGCAGCAGCAGCAGCAGCAGCAGCAGCAGCAGCAGCAGCAGCAGCAGUAG